CUGGUGCUGGUGCUGGUACUGGUACUGGUGCUGUUACUGGUGCUGGUGCUGGUACUGGUGCUGUUACUGGUGCUGGUGCUGGUGCUGGCGCUGGUGCUGGUGCUGGUGCUGGUGCUGGUACUGGUGCAGUGAACCAAUCAAUGGGAGGUUUAACUGACAACGUACGAGGGACACCGAGGACACUGGACAGUAACAUGAGGACGCCUGUGGAGGAGAGAAGACGAAGAGAAGAGGAGAUCGCUACAAGUCAAAAUCUACUUCAGGAGAAGAGAGUAAACCUGAAGACUCAAACAGAUCAGAGACAUGUGAUCAAACAAUGUGAUCAAUCUGCACAGACUGGAGGUGAUCAGGGAGAUGAGCAGAGGGAUGAUGAGGAUGAAGAGAGAGAUCAGGAGAAAGACAAGACUUACAGUGAGGAAGAGGAGAGUGAUAGUGAGGAAGAGGAGAGCAAGCAGACUGGUAGAAAGAGAAAGAAAAAGUAUCAUCAAAAGAACAGAACAUCGAAUAGACAAAUCCAAACUGUGGAUCAGUGUGAGAUCAACCCAACACCUCCUGGAACAAUCAGGCUCGGGUUUCUUAAUGUUCAGUCGAUGAACAAAAAAGAAAAUGUGAUCUCAGAGCUCAUAAAACAAAACAAACUGGACCUCUUACUCUUAAACGAGACGUGGCUCAAAAGGAAAAAAUUAAAAGUCCUCCACAAGGCUUCACCGAAGGGUUUCAAGGCUCACUAUCAGGUGAGGCCGGGUAAAAAAAGAGGAGGAGGGGUGGCGAAUCUGUUCUUAAAGGCAUUGCAGAGAAAACCAAAAUCCUCAGACUCUUCAGGCAAAAAGAUAAAGACAACGACCUUUGAGUUUGUUGUCACAGAGCUGCAACAUGACGACUGGAACCAACCGGUCCUGAUCAUCAACCUGUAUCACCCACCAGGAAACAGCAAGGAAGAAUUCAGAAAGUUUCUGAAUGAGUUUCAAAGUCUCCUGGAUGAAGUCGAGAAUUACAGCAGCUUCAUUGUGACUGGAGAUUUCAACAUCCAUGUUAAUAAAGUCAGGAGGUCCAAUAAUAAAGACAGGAGGUCCUAUACUGAUGAGUUUUAUCAUGUUUGGCCGCUCUAUAACCUCACGCAGCAUGUAGAGGAGCCAACACAUGAAGCAGGUAACACUCUGGAUCUGGUCCUCACCAGAAAUGUUGAAGUCUCUGGUCUCUUUGUUCAGGAUGAUGGAGUAUCAGAUCAUUACACCGUUUAUUUCUAUGCAAAGCCAAAAGAUACAACAGACAAAACUGAAGAAAAUGAGAACGAAGAGCAGAAACCAUUCAGAGAGACGGAGGAAUAGAAACUGAAUAAUUCUCUGAACUGUGAAAGAAGCUGAUUGAUCUUUAAUAUCUCACCUGAUGUAACUGUGAUCAAUGAAGUUUCUACAAACUAUUAGAUCCAUCUGAUCAAACAAGGUGGUUAUUUUUAUCCGAUCAUUAACUAAAGAUUCAAUUUAAAUGAAACAUGUUGCUAAAAUAAAGUAUUUAUCAAAAUAAGUCAUGAGAACAAGAGCAGAGAGAGAAAACAGAGAGCUGAAGUCUGAUCAUUGUUUCUGAAUGGAGACGCUCACAGACACAUUUACUCAGACGUCCAUCAGAAGCUCCGCCUCCGACCCUCACCUCUGAUGGCCUCACCUGCUUCAGUCCUCCCUCCUCUGAAGAUGCUCUCACAUUAGUGACGUCUAACCAGCCACCAGCUGUUCCCUGGCUGUUUCUCUCUUGUGACAAAUGUACUUAUUGUAAAUCAUAUCGGACACAAGUGUCUGUUAAAUGUCUCCAAUGGAAAUGUAAAUAUAAAUGUGAUUGGUUUGUUUUAUUUUGGCGGGGUGUGAGAUUGUGAGAACACCUUCCUGUGUCAUUUGUGUCAUUUUUACAGCACAAAACAGAAAACUUAUUCUCACACACACACACACACACACACACACACACACACUGUGUAUAUAAUCAUGUUUAACCACAGUCUAUGUACUGAGUUAUUGUUUGUCACAGGAAGUGAAAAACAAAAGUCAAACAAUCAGAAUAAUUGUGAUCUUAUUGUUUGUGCUCAGUAAAAGACUUUUGAA